ACCGCUAUUCUCAGACCCUCAGAGCCAAAGUCGAACAAGUGUGGCCUUAUAAAAAGGACUGAAAGCCGCGAGAAGGAGCCACAUUUCAAGGUGAAGGACUGAAUGAUCUGCAGGCUCAUUUGGAUGUAGAUUUGGGUGCACGGAAAACGCCGCUUGCACUUUUAGGCAACUGCAGACAGGCUUCCUCAGCUUCUCAAAGUGGCAUGUUAUGGCUGUCUAGAGUCACACGUCAGCCACGCAGAGACGACAACAUGAAGGUGACAGCCCUGCUCAUCAUUUGCUCCUGUCUGAUCCUGGGGAGUUUGGGAAAGCCACAGUUCCCUGAACAAGAGAAAGAUCCCAAGUUCUGGAAUACUUGGGCCCAGCGGACCCUGAAGAACGCCCUGACGCUGCAAAAUCUCAAUCAAAACAAAGCAAAGAAUCUCGUCUUCUUUCUUGGAGAUGGGAUGGGCGUUCCCACGGUGACGGCUGCUCGAAUACUGAAGGGUCAGCUGAACGGACAGAGCGGAGAGGAGACGCAGCUGGAGAUGGACAAGUUCCCUUUUGUGUCUUUGGCCAAGACAUACAACACUAACGCGCAGGUGCCAGACAGUGCUGGUACCGCCACGGCUUACCUCUGCGGGGUCAAGGCCAACGAGGGCACGGUGGGAGUGAGUGCAGCUGCUGUCCGGUCCAAGUGUAAAACCACACAGGGCAAUGAGGUCACCUCCAUCCUCAGAUGGGCGAAGGACGCAGGCAAGUCAGUGGGAAUAGUGACAACGACCCGAGUCAACCACGCGACUCCGAGCGCCGCAUACGCCCACAGCGUGGACAGAGACUGGUACUCCGACAAUGAGAUGCCAGCUGAAGCACUGCAGGACGGCUGCAAGGAUAUCGCCAGACAACUCUUUGAAAACAUUCCCAACAUUGAUGUGAUUAUGGGUGGAGGGAGGAAGUAUAUGUUCCCUAAAAACACGUCGGACGUCGAGUACCCCGGCAUUGCGAAGCACAGCGGCACAAGAAAAGAUGGACGAAACCUGGUGCAGGAAUGGACUGACCGAAUGAAGGACAAAAAGGGCCAUUAUGUAUGGAACAAGAAGCAGCUCUUAUCACUGAACCCUAACAACGUGGAUUACUUAUUGGGCCUAUUUGAACCUGGGGAUCUGACAUAUGACUUGGAGAGGAACACUGAGACCGAUCCUUCGCUGACAGAGAUGGUGGAGGUGGCCAUCAAGAUCCUGAGGAAGAACCCCAGUGGAUUUUUCCUGCUUGUAGAAGGAGGGCGUAUCGACCACGGACACCAUGACGGCAAGGCCAAGCAGGCUCUGCAUGAAGCUGUGGAAAUGGACAGAGCCAUCGGCCGGGCAGACCUCAUGACCAGCAUCCACGAUACACUGACCAUAGUCACCGCUGACCAUUCUCAUGUGUUCAACUUCGGAGGCUACACCGCCAGGGGAAACACGAUAUUUGGUCUCGCCCCAAUGUUGAGUGAUAUUGACCAGAAGCCCUUCACCUCCAUCUUAUAUGGAAACGGACCAGGUUACAAAAUUGUUAACGGUGCGAGGGAGAACGUCUCCACUAUUGACUACCAGGAAAACAACUACCAGGCGCAGUCAGCUGUACCUCUGAGCAUGGAGACUCACGGAGGAGAGGAUGUGGCUGUGUUUGCUAAAGGUCCCCUGGCUCACCUGCUGCACGGCGUCCAUGAGCAGAACUACAUCCCCCACGUCAUGGCGUAUGCAGGCUGCAUCGGCCAGAACAGGGAACACUGUUUGCGAGGCAGCGGGGCUUCUGGUUUGCGCCCCAUCCUGUCCUCCAUCGCAGCCCUUUUCACAGUCACCCGACUUCUGUGCUGACCUUCCUGUGACAGUCCUCAUCCUGUUAAAACCCGCAGGUUUAACCAGUCAUACAUUUUAAAAUUUCAAUUUUUCUUGUCGUUGUUUUUUUUCUAAUUUUACUCAACAAUGUUUCGAUCAUGGGACCACUGUUCGGCCACUUUUGUGUUACGAUAACGAGUCGACACGUUUUCAGUUUCAGUGUAUUCAGACAGAUAUGUAAAACAUUAUAUAAUCAAACACCCAAGAUGAUGCACUGACACCACAAAAUCAGAGAACUCAGUUGUGAUAUGUCUAUGGAAUAGUUUUUAUGAAAGGUUUUAGGACCUGUUAAGCCUAUUUGUUAAAUGUAAACCCUUUAGCUUUGAAUAGAAUAGAAGAUUGGAUUUACAAAUGUUCGAAGAAUUUUCAUAUUUUAAAUGUGCAGUUAACAGAAUCUACCUCAUACGCUUGCUAAAGAUCUCUCAUGUAAUUAUGAUGGACAAAUUUUAUGCCGAAACCAGAGGCAACUGAAUGUAUGAUUGACAAAAAAAGAUAUAUAUUCCUUGUCAUACACAUUGUGCAAACUUGCGAAAAGCACUGAAGAAGCCCACCUACCAUUGUUGUGUCCAAUAACAGAAGCUGUACAACCUCUUAACCAAUAAAAGAAAUGUUUGUUUUCUCAUAA